CAGAUCGCCCCCUCUUCCACGGACACGGGGCGGGGAGGCAGGGUGUACAACGUGGAGCUGAGGGAGGGAGGUGCCGAGUUGAGCCCCAGCCCCAGCUUCUCCAGGGUCAUUCUGUGCCACUGCUGCCACGUCACUCCCUCUGCUAAAGGGAAAGGAAAACGCGAGCGCCUGGAGGGGCCGGUGGUGGAGGGAAGGGGCCGCCCGCAGAAAGGGGACUUCUUGUUUCCUUCAGAACCCCUUCCACCGCGGAAGAGCUUCAAGUGAGCUAAUCCCCCACAAAGACUCUGCUGUUGUUUCGCCUCUGAAACUUGCACAGGUGUGGAUGCGGUAAAGGGCUUCCUGGGAAGAUCAAGAUUACACGGCUGGUAGGAGAUCAUGAAUCAAGCCGAUAAAAACCAACAAGAAAUCCCAUCAUACCUUAGUGAUGAACCACCAGAAGGUUCAAUGAAAGAUCACCCACAGCAGCAGCCGGGCAUGUUGUCCCGUGUGACUGGGGGCAUCUUCAGUGUUACAAAGGGAGCCGUUGGUGCCACCAUCGGGGGUGUGGCCUGGAUUGGUGGGAAGAGUCUGGAGGUGACCAAGACCGCCGUCACAACUGUACCUUCCAUGGGCAUAGGGCUGGUGAAAGGGGGCGUGUCUGCAGUGGCCGGAGGAGUUACAGCUGUUGGGUCUGCUGUGGUCAACAAAGUGCCCCUAACAGGAAAGAAGAAAGACAAGUCGGACUAACCCUGGGGGCACGGUGCUCCCCCAGCAGGACGGUGCCAAGUACGGACUGCAGCCCAGUCACCUGUUUUGGACACUUACUCUCUCUGAAAGUACCAUUGCCACCGCUGCCCGGCUUUGUCCAAACUGGAGCGACUGAUCUAGCACAGUAUGGGAAGGCUUGCUCAGACUCCAGCCCCAGCUUUGUACCUGGUAAAACGUUACACUGCGCAGUGGUCAGAGGAGGAGAGGGUGUGUCUGCAUAUUCACUGUCGGUCUUUGUCUGACAAGAAAUGUGAACGCUGCAGUUUAGAGAGGAUGGUCUCUAUGUUUCCAUGUGUAUGACGUGCCAGGAAACUCAUUGGCCCCUCAGAAGGGAACCUUGAACUACAUAAACUCUACCUUUGAUGUGCCUAAUAGUUUCAGAUGUCUUAGUUUUUUAUCAUUGUAGUUGACAAGGCCAAGAGGCCUCCUUUUCUUAUUUAAGCUGGCUGCACGAGAUAGGGAUGAGGGAGAGUUAAAAGAUGAAUGGCGUUAGGGUUCUGAGUGCUUACCAUCUCAUGUUAGACACGCACACAUCCCUCUCAUUUAUAAUCGAUGCCUUACGGAAGGGAAGCGCGUUUCUCCAUUCCCUGAGUGUCACCCAGCGUCCCUGUGCUGGAUUCUUCGAAAGGUCGUGAAGUUCGUUUUCCCUUUUAAGACAAGAAUCUCAGGAGUGGUGGAGUAAAGGCAUUUCUUGCUGUCUGCAGAGAAGGCUGACUCUUGGGAGUUAAAAAAAAAGAAAAAAAAUCAACCUGUCCACUUCAUUCCUGGUCAUGCUGCACUGUCGGCACAGCUGAGGGACCGGCUCUGCAGUGGCCAGAAGCUACGCUCACAGAGUCUCAGUAAUACUAACCACAGCUAUCUAACAAGUUGUUUUUAAGACCCUAAUAAGAACUUCCUCAGGCACCCAGGACAGAGCCCCGUGUGUCCUCAGGCUGGUGCAGAUGGCUAACGAAGACAGACAGACAAAGCAACCCCCAAACAGGUGAGGACCAUUUUACGGGGAAGGGAAUGGGGCGCCACAGAUACACUAGGGAUGUCACAGUGCUUCCCACAGGUGGAGAUAGGCUUUUUAAAUGUCAGUGUCUUGCAGUCCUUAAAAGUAGAUGUACACGUCACACCAUUCAAGACCGUCUCAGGCAGGCAGGCUCAUUCGUUCACCCGAAGCACCUGCGGCUUUAUGUCUAAAGUGGCUCUGCUUCUGAGAAGGAGUGAGCCUCCGGCAGAUCUCUCUGGCACUUAUCACAGUGGGCUGUAACCCGAGGCUGGGACAAAAUCUCUGAAGUUUUCCUCCCACUCAAGAACGGAUAUUUGCCAGCAUCCCACAGGGGCAGGAGUGCCUGUCCUGCUGUGGCCCGUCAGUCAACAGCCGGCCCGAAACCUCGGAGCAAGUCCCUUCUGAGGGCAAGGCCGACGCUUGCUGGUCAACCACACGGGCGAUGUGAACCCAUAGACAGAUGAGACUGUACUGGUUUUUAAAAGCGUUGACAGUGUCCACAGGGGUUUCAGUAAGAGGCUCAUUGAGGCGGCAGGCAGUAGGACUUUGGCAAAGGGGAUUAAAAAUUUACAAAACGACUCUGACAAUGAGAGCUGAACACCAAGUGACGCCCUAAGCUAGGAGCCUGCAGAAGUUGUCUCCUGCUCUUUGAGAAGCGAAAGAGCUAGGAAGCCAGUCUCUCACAUUCUCUUUCAUUACCGUGGACUUUGCGCCUGCCGCCUGCCCUUCUAAGGAGACCUGAGUGUGUGUUUAUUUUCACCUUUGUCUUGACACUUGCCAGAGUGAAAAUAGCAGUAAUGAUGAUUUUUGCCACAAAGAAAGGCCACCUGAUGCUCUGGCUCCUGGGGCUUGUGUCGCUCUCUCACCUGGGCUCUGCUCCUCCAGUGAAAGCAGUGUGGCUGUGAGGUGUGGCCCCCUUGAAAGACGCGUCUGUCGAGAGGAACUUGCCUUUUGGUGACAUUACAGCUGCACACUAGUCUUCUCCGGUUUAUGGACGUAGACUAGCAGUUGGACCAGGACUGGCUUGUGUCAAAGACCCAGAGCUGGUAGCCUACACUGGGAGGCAUCUGCUGGCCACCUUUGUCUUUGGGUGGGUGGAUGGGUGGGUGUUGGCCCAGCAAGGAGAGGAUCGGCCUGUGUGGUCCCACUUGAACGGCUGGUCUAAUAAUGCUGACACGCUGAAUCCUGUACUUGGUGAAAUGUCUGAUGAAAAGACCAAUUGAAUUAAAAAUUUUUUGUUGUUUUGUAUUAAGGGAAUGGGAAACGAACACGUGCAUCUGUUAGAAGCUUUAUGAUCUGCAUACGAUAAAAUGUUUCAUAAUAAAGAUCUAAGGAAGUAAAGGA